AUGAAAGUUCCAAAUCUUUCUCUCAAAGAAGCUAUUCGACGUGUACCAGACUUCUCAACAGUUCUACCGAGCUGUGUUGAUUCGUCUAUUGUAAGUUCUAGUGCAAAAAAAGGAUUGACAAAGGAAGACGCUGCUGCAAUAAGAUUAUAUACUAUUGAAUGUCCGGUUUAUAAACUUCUCAAUGCAGCACUUCGUACUGAAGAAUUGAAGAAUAUUGAACCUUGGUUUCCUUACUUGAAACUUUUCAACAUUGCUAUCAGCAAACUAACUCCAAAGAAAGGAACAUAUUGUCGUGGAAUAAAUGGAAAUCUCAAUUCUCUUUAUCCAGUUGGUUCUAUUGUGACUUGGAUUAUUGAAAUAUUUCUAAUACUAGCAGUUCUCCCAACAACAUUAAAAGGAACAGUGACGACAUCAAAAUCGACAACAACAUCAAAACCAACCACAACAACAUCAAAACCAACCACAACAACAUCAAAACUAAAAACGACAUCAAAAACAACAACAAAAGCAUCAAAACCAACAAGAACAUCGUCAACGAUAAGAACGUCAAGAUUAACAACAGCUUCGAAACAAUCAUCAAGCGUGUCAACAUUAUUUAAAACAUUUUCAGCACUAGUUAAUACUUGUCUUCAACCAUUUAUGAAUUAA